AUGGAAACAAAAUAUCACGAAAUCGUUCUUUCUGCUGCCAUGAUCGAAAACAAACCUAUUGAUAUUGCAUUGAUUCAACCUUAUCCAAAUAUGGCACCUUCCCAUGUCUUCGACGGCUCCCCUAAAAAUAGACGUGUAAGAACUUCAUACUCAGCGUCUCAACUAUCUACUUUGGAAAAGGAGUUUUAUCUUAAUAGCUACCUUUCAAGGCCCAGAAAAAUCGACAUCUCCCAACGUUUGGGUCUCAACGAAAGACAAGUUAAAGUGUGGUUCCAAAACAGAAGAAUGAAACAAAAAAAGGACAACGCCAAGGCUACCGCAUGCAGUAACUCGAGAUACUCCAGUGGCCACAGCAGUCCUGUAUCAAGCGACGCUGGAACUCCUCGACAUGAUUCAUCAUCCGAAGAAGAUAAGCAUAUUGUAAAUAAUUUACUUAACUACGCACCUGCAGCAAUAAAACAAAACAUCAGGCCCGUUCCAUCUCAUGAUCCUUAUAGGAAUAACUAUGAACUCCCAAAUUUGCCAGCUUACAAUCCUUUUGAAGGUUUUUAUAACCAGUAUCAACCCUAUGUCACCCAUAACCAAGUUUCAACAGUACAAGUGAAUGAGGCUCCCAAACAAUCUACUAGCAAUGAAAGUUUGAAUAUGAAGUACCCAUCGGUACCAGAACAGAUAGCCAAAUGGAUGAUUCUCCCCACCAUUUUGGAAGACAGGUAA